AUGUCGGUUAAGGAUUUAUCCCAAAAUUCUGUCUCAUCAGACCUAGCAAGUGAGAUUAUUCACACAAAAACACUUCUAUCUCUUAAUUCCAGAUAAUUUUUUUAAAAAAUCAAUAUUUUAUAAAAUUUUUUAAUAUAUAGGGCUGGAAAAGUCUGAUGUAAGAAGCUCCUCUGUGACUUCUCAGGAGAUCGUUCCCAAACUCAAACUUUCCAGCAUCUCAAAUGACGUUAAAUUGAGGCAUAGAAAAACUCAAUCUUUAUCUAUAUCAACAAUAUACAUAAAAUAGCUAGUUAUGAGCCACCCGUCCUUCCUGUGUCGGAUGUCCUUGUGUUUAUCGGAGAUGAUUUUGAUGCAAAGAGCUACCAAAGGGCUGGGUUAGCCUUAAAGUGUAAGUCCCAACACUAAUUCUACUUAUUAGUGGCCUGGCUCGAGCGGCAGUUUUUUGCAUUCUUUUUUUAGCAGCGCCCAGGCCCAGAUUGGGUGUCCGAUGGGUGAAGUGGGUUAGACCGACUUACAAAGCUAACCCGAUUUUUCAUAUCUGAGCAGGAAUUUUCGGUAAAAAAACUCGGGUUAGGUAUUGGAUUUUUUUAAAAAAUUUUAUAUUAAAAGAAAAACAAAAGAACGUAUGUCGGCCUAACCCGCGGCCAUGCAGUGGGUUAGGCUGAUUUUUAAAAAUGCAUAUAUACUUAGGCCGAUUCUAAAAAAUGGGUCGCUGGUUAGGACGAAUUUUUAUACUUUUUUUUUAGGGGUAGUGGGAUAGGCCGAAAAAAAAAGUAGCAUGCGGGUUAGGCCGAUUUUUCAUCAUAAUUUCCAGACAAAGCCUACCUUAUUUUUAUUUAAAUAAACUAUUAAAAAAUAUAGCAUAAGUACACUUAUUGUAUGCUCUGAUGCAGUAUCUUGAAGUAUUAAUGCAAAAAUGGCAUCCCAAACUAAAUUACAAUACAAAUUUAAUUCAAUAGAGCAAAUCCUUAUUACUUAAUUAACUACCUCAAUUUUAGGGAGCAAAGCGAGUGCUGUAGCUAUCACUCAGAAUAUUGCAUCAGGGCACAUAAUCAUUUAAAACCGAAUUAUUAGUGCGCUAAUAUUCAAAAUUUGUUUUAUUAAUUGCUAAUUUAUCGCCAAUUAAAUGGAAAUGAACUUUAUUGACAGAGAAGCAGAAGAGUGUGUGAUGAUGUAGAAGAUCAUUUAUUUAAAUAUUAUUCGAACAAUUGAAAUAUUCCUUCAACCAUCAAGUGCAGCUCGAAAGUGAGUUUGGAGACAUCCUAUUAUAGUAAGGUUUCAUUCGUCAUCAUUAUAGCUAUAAUACUAUCCUUUGCUCAAAUUAUGUACUUUUUGAUUGCUGAAAAGUAUCAUUUAUACUAUAUAAUAUAUACUAUAUGCUAGAUGUGUUAAAGAUGAAGGAACAGUGAUUAUUAUUGAUCAUAUAAACCCAAGAAGUGUCCAAAUAAGAUGCUUUUUCUCUGAGAAACGUGAUUUGAAAAGCUUUCCUUUAAUUGACUUAUCAAAGCUAUGCCCAUUUGAAAUGAAAUGAUUAAUAGCUCAAGAUAGAUUCAACUAUCUGGAAUUUACUUUAAUGUCUAUUGUAAGACAGCAUUCUCAUAAAAGAUUAACGAUGAAUCAGAUCACAUAUGAGCCUAAAUUUCAAAGAAUACGCAAUAUUUUAAAGAUAAAGCGAUUGAGUACUACAAGCGUCAUUUGAAUCUUGGCCAAAUAUAUGACAUAUUGAAGAUGGAAUUUUCAGGUGAUAUUGUUCCUUUUUCUAAAUUAAAGCUUAAGUACUUCUUAGAUUAUUAUCAAACUCAAGCAGCGAAGAAUUUUACAUUUGAAAACCUUGUAAAAACUAAUGAUGAUUUAAAUACCAUUAUUACAAGAGAUCCAAUUAACGAUAGAUUGUUUAUAACUACUAAUGACAGAAUUAAUAUGUGAAAUUACUACCAAGAUGUAAUUCUAAUAGAUUUAACUUAUAAAAUUCAUGAUAACUAUUAUUGCGCUGUUGUGAUAUUGAGUAUUUAUAAUUUUGGCCAUAAUUAUUUAUUAGCUUUCGCCUUAACUCAUGAAGAAAAGUCUGAAGAUUAUCAAUGAAUAUUUGAAAUUUUUAGAGAAGAAGGACUGAAAUGUCCUAGAACAAUUAUUGUUGAUCAAAACAGAGCACAAUUGAAAGCAAUAAAAUUCUUCUUUGGUAGGCAUAUUCAUAUAGUUUUUUGCUUUUGACAUAUUAAGAGAAACAUUAUUAAUUCGCUACCAGGAAAGAUUGAUGAGUGGCUUAAUCUGCAAGCUGAAUUCUAUGAAGUCUACAACUCAAGAAAUGAUGCAGAUUUUGACUGCAAUUGAAGUCUUUUUAUAGCAAAUCAUCCAGAGCUUGAAACAAAUAUUGUUUUUAGUAACCUUUAUGAAAACAAAGAAUGCUGAGCGAGGUACUCUACUAGACUUAUGUUUACUGCUGGAAUGUCAACAACCAGUAGAAUUGAAGGGAUGCAUGCGAAUUUUAAAAAGAGUUAUGAAGAGUCUUAGAAGAAAUUGUGAUAUAAAAAUAUUUAUUGCAUUUGCUGAAAUUGUUAGAAGAUGAAAAAAUUGCUUUAAAAAAGUAUUUUCAUUCGAAAAAUAACACACUUUACAACUCAAACUAUGCGAAAAAUAAGUCAAAUCUAUACAGAUUUUGUUUAGGGCAUUGUCAAAACUCUUUGAUUGGUGCGAAAUCUUCGAUUUUAGUCAGUAUUGAUAGUAGGGGAAGAUUUAUAAUAAGGACGAAUUUUAAAAAUCAAUGGAAAGAAGAGAGAACUAAUAAAGGCUUAUUAGAAUGUACUUGUGGAAAAUUCAAUAGAUAUGGGAUUCUAUGCCCUCACCUUUUAUUAUAGCAAAAAUUACAGGUGAAGAUACUGUCAUGUUCAUUGUAGAAAAUACUUCAAGACGGUGGUUACUUCCAAAAUUAAUGGAUAUGAAUUUAGAAGAUUUAUUAAGAUAAAUUUAAUAGGCUAUUUUAUUCAAAAUAAUAUAUAUAGUCUGAUAACAAAUAAAGUAGGUAAAAAACAGUGUUAUCUUAUAUGAUUUUAAUUAUUCUAAUGCAAAUAGUUGUUUCUUAAAAUUAUAAUGAAAAAUCGGCCUAACCCGCAUGCUACUUUUUUUUUCGGCUAUCCCACUACCCCUAAAAAAAAAGUAUAAAAAAUUCGGCCUAACCAGCGACCCAUUUUUUAGAAUCGGCCUAAGUAUAUAUGCAUUUUUAAAAAAAUCGGCCUAACCCGCUGCAUGGUCGCGGGUUAGGCCGAUAUACGUUCUUUUGUUUUUCUUUAAUAUAAAAUUUUUUAAAAAAUCCAAUACCUAACCCGAGUUUUUUUACCGAAAAUUCCUGCUCAGAUAUGAAAAAUCGGGUUAGCUUUGUAAGUCGGCCUAACCCGCUCGACCUGUGUCCGAUAGAGGCAGGGCAAAGUACCUGCUUAGGCUGCUUCGUGAUCUGUUAUCGAAGAGAAUAAGUGGUUAAACUUUUCCUUUAGUUAUGAACCAAUGGAAAAAGGGAAGACAGGCCCGAAAAGAAUCUAAGGGCUACAGUCUCUCUAGUUUAAAAGGGUCCUGUGAAAGGGCGGUCUGUCCUAAGCUAAGCAGAGUUGGGUAAUUUAGUUGCUUGGGUUGUAAAUGGAGGCUCCUGGCAAACUUCGUACGAUUUGGACUAUGGAAAGAAAAUGCCUCUACCCAGAAACUGAAGGUUUCAUUCAUGCAAAAGUUAACUGUAGAAGACCACUCCGUUGCUCUCACCGUGGGCCGAUGGUGCUCAGGAAGUGGGAAUAAAGAAGCAUCUCUAUCUAAUCUAAUAUAUAUCAACUGAUAUUCCAAAAAUCCUCCCAAAGCACUCCUCCUUGAAUAACUCUAUAUGCUCCUCUAAGCAUUCCGCAUACAUCUCAGCUUUCAACAACUUGGAUUCAAAAUCCUUCAUAGACGACACAGAAAAACUUGAAAAACAAAUAAAAUCCGACAUCGCACUGGAAUCAAAGCUCAACCACUUAGAAUCCAAGCGUAUCAAAGAUAUGCAAAUUACCGUUAAAAAAAAGGAAUUCAAAGAAAACUUUGAAUUCUACCGUCAACAAAAUUUACAGUUCCAAGCAUUAAAAGAGAAAAAAGAAAAACUAAAAAAACUAGAAGAGAGAAAAUAUACUGUUAAAGCAAAAAUAAAUGCUGGGAAUAAUAUAUAUUUGUAUGAAAAAUAAUAAUCUAUUUAAAUUGGUAUAUAAAAUGGAAAAAUACAGAGAAGAAAAAAUUGCAAAAUUCGAAGAGAAAAUCAGAAAUGAAAUAGAAGCAAAAAACGAAUUAGAAAGACAAAGAGAAUGGAGUUCAAAGCAAAAAGAAUUAUUGGAAAAUAAGAAAAAGCAAGAAAAAGAAGAAAAAAGAGAACAAAGAAGAAGCCAGCUUGAAUUCUGAAAUUGUCAGAAAAGAAUGCAAUGGGAUGAAUAUAUUAAAGAAAGAAAUGAUCUUUCGUUUGUUAGUAACUCGGUAAAUUUCGAAGAAAAAUGAAUCUCUACAAAGCAAAAAAGCACUGAAGUUAGAAGUAGACUGGAGCGGACACUAAAGUUGUUGAAUAUGUAA